CUGAGCACCGUUCAAGAGGCACUCAGAGAGGAGAGAAGCGCGGGGGGCGAGAACAACCUGAUCCAGCGCUGCCGGUAAACGGAGGCACACCGUGAGAGGGAGGCAGAGUGAGGCAUGUGCAGGGAGGAGCUAUCGAUAAGAGAGACGCUGAGAUAAGACAGAUAUGUUGUUUGCAUUCUGGUGAAUCGCACUGAGGUGAGAGUAAUUGGACUUUUGCAGUGAGGCGUCUAGAGAUUUACGCACGAACGCGCCAUUCUCAGAUGAACCAACUUUUACGCACGGACCUUUGGAGAUGCGGGGCUUCACUUAGGAGGGAAUUGCUGCGAUUUCUGAACAGGAGGUCUUAAUUUAAAGGUUUUCACCUGGAAUUUUGAAGGCACACGUUUACGAAUUUGAUUUGAUUAACUAAAUCGCACAUUUGGAGACAUUGUUGGAAUCUCACUGGAGGCUUCAUGGUACUCUUUUAAGUGCACACCGAUACAGCAUAAAGAAACUGUGUGCCUAUAGCUUAUCCUAAGACCUUGCAUUACGCACCUGUCCCACCACCCUUUACGUCUCCUUCAGUGAGUUUUCAAAACAGCAGCGUGGACACAGACGUCUAGCCUGCGUGUGAGUCACCGUGAGCAAACAUUUGGACGCGCUGCGCUUUUUAAGCUGUGACACAUUUGAGGAUAUCUAACAGUGCGAGCCUUGCACGAGCGCCAAGCACACGACACCGGGACGAGGCUCGGUGCAGACGGGGGGAAUUGGACGCCGAGGUGCUAAAUGCCCAGCCGGUCGCUUGCGGCUCCUCAUGCUGGGCGGCAACAUGAGGUCCUGGAUCCUGCUGCUGCUACUGGCUGCGCUCUCAGCGGCACGUCUGCGGCUCGGCAGCGCUGAGGGCGAUCCUCUCCCUGCGUCGCUGGUCGACCUGGUGAGGAACUCUCCCAUCUCCUCUGUGGACGAUCUGAAGCUUCUACUGCAGCAGGAGACCAACGCAAUAGAGGAGGAAGAAGACGUGCACGAUGUACCCUUAAACCACACCCAUGGACGAUACACAAGAAGUCUUGUGGAGGCGCCGAUGGCCCAGCAGGCAGCAUGUAAAGUACGGACUGAGGUGAUGGAGGUGACGAGGUCCAUGCUAGAUCGCCGUAAUGCCAACUUUAUAUUAUGGCCACCCUGCGUGGAGGUGCAGCGAUGUUCUGGGUGUUGUAACACCAGGGUGCUGCAGUGUGUUCCUACAUUCACUUCCAGCAGAUACCUGCAGGUGUAUAAGAUCCAAUAUAUAAACAGGAAACCCCACUAUGAUAAAGCCAUCAUCUCAGUGGAGGACCAUGUCACCUGCAGGUGCCAGGCCCCUUCCCCUGCCUCCUCCUCUUCUGUUCCCAUCCCUCGCUCUCCCACGCUGAUCAACCCCAACCCACCUCCACCCCAGCAGCCUCCACAAUCCUCGCACCUUUUGCGGCCUGUCCAACCAGCUCCUCCUAAGACUCACACUUCCAAGGCCGACCUCCACCGCCAUGACGACCUGAAACACAACCAGCAGCACUACCGCCCUGAUGAGCGAGAUCCAGUGGCGAGGCAGUGGCAGCAGGGCAGCUACACCCAGCUGGUUCACUGGACCCAGCCCAGGGUGCACCAGCCGGUCACUGGGGGGCUCGCACCAGUCAGCAGCUGGCCGUCUGAAGCCAGGGCGGAGCAUAGCAUCAGUACACAGCCUGUUGGGCACGGGAGCGGGUAUGAUGGAAGUAAGGAGGAGAGUGGCAUGCAUGUAGCAAACAGCGGUGGGGAAGUGCAUCAUCCAGAUCACAUGCAAAGGCAGCAGCAGUUGUUAGAGCAUCAACAAAGGCAGCAGCAACUUCAGCAACAAUAUCAGUAUCAUCAACAGCCACAUUAUCCAACACAAUACAACCCUGGAGCUACACAUGAGCAAGGGCUGAGGACGCAAUAUCGACUCGACGCUCCGCAAUCAGACAGCGCCUCUCCACCUGCCGGCCCCACCGUUCUGCCCACAUUAGAACAAAACCCCACCCCUCCUCUAAGCACCAACCAGAAAGACUCAGUGACCAGCCUAAAAACUACAACAACAGAGGUCACGAAUCACAAACAGACUGAGACUGCAACAGCCAGUCAGAAAGAAGGGAAGGAGAGGGAAGAGAGUGGGUCAGCAAAUAGUGGGGCCGGGGCAGAGCCGGCCAAUCAGGGGAAGGAAAAAGACUCUAAAGUGACCAGUGGGUAUGGUCAUUUAACAGAGGAAGAGAGGAGACGGCUCACUCUGGAGACAAUACAGAGGGAGCUGGACCGAGAGACGCAUCCUCAUCCACAUCAUCCUCAGCAGAGACCAAAACCGACCACAUUUAAAACAGCCCUCUCCACAGGGUCUCCUGCUGUGUCCUCAGCCCAAAAGGCCCCUUUCCGACCAGCCUCCCCUCGCCGCAGGAGGAGGAAACACCGCAAACGCAUCAGCAAAGAAGCCAUCAGAGCCAUGAUCAUGUAGAGCUGCAUGAAAUGUAAAGGCUUACCAUGAGCUUCGGCACUGCACCAAAGGAACACAGAGAACGUUAUGUCUGAAUGUGGGGAGACUGACACUGUGGACUGAUGCAGACAUGAUGGACACUGCUGAUGGAAAUCUUCAGAGAGAGUCACCUUCCCUUCUCCAGAGCUGCCGCAGAGCGUCAAGCUUCAUGGAUCUAAAAAAGUGCAAUCUUAUGAACUCCUUGUAAUGGAGGAUUUCAGUCACACAAAACACUGGAUGUAACUUAUAUGGACCACAAAUCCAGUGACGAUGGAAGGUUAUCAGACUCUUCUGCAGCCAUUGAUUGGCUGCUUUAACACUUUAGACGGCUUAACUACUGAUUGGUCCACAAAUGGAGUCUUUAUUGGGGCUGUGUUUGGAGCUAAAGACUGGACUGGAGAUGUGAGGAACUGGAUUUCUACACUGGGAUGAAGACUGGAAACUGGAGUGUGCAGCUCAGGCCUCAAUGCCAAACAUUACUGUUAUCCUACAAUGUCUAAAUCUAACUGUAUUUAACACUGGAGUAGCAUACACUGAUCAUACUACAUUGACUAGAGAAAAGCUCUACUGUGUACUGUAGCUUAAUGUACUGGAAAAUAUUGAUAGCCUGCUCAUUUUGUACUACUGCCAGAUCCAAAAUGAAAUAUCAACCAAAUGCCUGCCUAGAAAACAUGCUAUGAAUAUCCACAUUAAAGCAAGUCUUAAAGACCUGGCUUUUAGAGAUCGCUGUGAGCCAGCUAUAGCCAACACUGUAUGUAUAAACGCUUCUAGAAAAUUAUCUCUGGGGGGGAGAAGAAAAAAACUUUAUUUCUUAACUUAUUUAAAAGAGGAGGAUUUGAAGUCCUCCAGUUCUCAAGUGUAAUUAUUGUUGCAGACAUGUCUCAGAUUAUAAUUAUUGGUUGUACAACUCUUACUGUUAUGAAUGUUAUUUUUA